AAUGUGAUAAACAAAGCAAAACAUCUGCUGGAGAGAAUUUCAAUGGUUUUCUUUUCACAAAUUUUUGAAUGGUGGGUGCGAAAGAAGUGAUGGUUUAUUUGCCUGUUACUUGAUAUAUGUUCUAUGAUAAUGAAAUUUAGUGCUCGAUAAAUUUACACCAUCGAUUAUUACUGAAUUAUGCGAUUGAAAAAAUCGGAAUUUUUCAUCCCCGGUCAGCUGUGUUCAGUUAUAACCAGUAGAAUGAAGACCUGACCGGAUUCGGUAGAAGGUGAACAGUUUCUUUUAUUUUCGAAACCGAUUGUUUGAUUUUGAAGGAAUCAGUUAUACAUCGCGAAAACACCGUUCCUAUUGAUGUAGUUAGUUAUUGAAAAAUUUGUUGUUUCAAACACGAAUGAAUGCUAACUGUGAGUAAUGUUGUUAUGCUGUUAAAAACUGAUAAUAUUUCGGAGCCUCCUCCCCCUAACUCAACACCUAAAAUUACCCUCCUAUCGGAUCAUCAUCGCGUACGGUUGUAAUCACGCGCCCUGGACAGCCAGCCAGUCAGCAGCACCGAUAGACAGACGCGACAGUCACACAAUUAUAAAAACGAACCGCUGCUGGUCCAUCGAACGCACGAGUAGGGCAACCAACCGAUAUCGGAGAGCACCCGACGACGACGACGACGGAACCGGCAAACGAAGGAGCGCAGCAACAGCCACAGUCAGCAUGCUAAACCACCGCAUCCUGACUUCUGCUGCCACCGCUACCUUCUCAGCUCACGAGUCAUUGGCGCACGAGUGGAAAAGCCCUCCGACGAUUGGUUAGUCGCGCCUCGACCAUCGUUCGGUUAGCAUCGCAGCUCGAGAGUGGCGUGAUUCGUUUCGAUUUGACCCAUCAUUGUGAGGUGCUUUUCAUGUGUUUCGAAAGGAGCACAAAGUAAAUGCAACGCGAACAUAGGUGCUAGCCAACGAAAACAACGGAAGAAGGAAAAAAAUAUCAAAAUAAUAUACUAAAUCGUUGAAAAUUCAUGCAAAAGUGAUGUGAUGUAUAUUUUAGUGAAUGAAAAUUGUUAAUGGACGUCUCGUAGGAGAAACUAUCUCAGUUGAUAAUGAAAUAGCUAUUAUUAUUUUUGGUGAAUAUAUACCGGAAAGCCCGUUCAUUGAGAAGUACGAAACGAGAAGAAUACAACAUCCAAGAAAAACACUGAAAUCGAAACGAAUCAUCCAUCAGUAUACGAACGACAACCAUUGUGUCAUAUCAGCUGCUUAUUGUAAGAAGUAAAAACAUUCAACAAGUUACUCCGAGACAGAGCGAAAGCGGCCGGCAGUCAGAGUGAUUGUGGUGAUCGGGGAACGAGACGAGAGGAAAAAAACGAAAACAUAAUAAGAACAACGAAGUACCAAACAAACGGUUUACGGCAGGGAUCGGCAGUUUCGCUCGUAAGAUCUCCGGCGAGAGACGAAAAAGAAGAAAAUAAAACAUGGUGCUUGUACUGAACGGAGUGCUGCAGGACGAGUGCCCGAUGGACACGCACGCGCUUUUUGUGCAACAUCCGGUUUACCGGGAAACAGCCACACAGUUCCUGUCAAUUCCUACGAAAACGGUCGGCCCUCAGGGUUUGCUGUACGUGUGUCAGCGGGAGCUGGCUGCCGUUGCGCCACAUGACAAAAAUGUGAACAUUAUCGGCUCGGACGAUGCGACCACCUGUGUGAUCGUCGUCGUGAGGCAUUCAGGAUCCGGAGCAGUGGCGCUGGCCCACUUGGACGGCAAUGGAACCGACGAAGCCGUCUCGACGAUGGUUGCCCGUGUGCAAGAACUGGCGUACGGCUAUCCGGAAGGACGCAUCGAGUUGCAGCUGAUUGGUGGAUUCAAAGACAACCAAAGCUACGCGGAAGAUCUAUUCAGCAAUAUUAUGCAGUCCUUCCAUAAGCAUCCAUUGGAGAUCGAUUUGACGCAAGCCUGCGUUGGCGAGCUGAACACCAUCCUGCGGGGAGACAUCAACUGGCCAAUCAUCUAUGGAGUCGGAGUUAACGUUAAGACAGGGGAAAUCUUCCCUUCCACUUUCCCAGACAAAGGACCAGAUCUUCAGUUGCGCAUGGCGCGACAUUUCACCGGUGGUCAUCAGGUGCUAGAUAUUUAUGAUUCCACCGUAGGAAUGCUUCGAAUCGGUCCAUUCAACUAUGAUCCCCUGCGGGGCGUGGAUCUCUGGUUGUCUCAGAGUGACGAGUUCAUUCUACAACAUUUAUCCACUAGCCCCGAGGUGGAACCACCCCAUUUCGCUAUGCAGGUUCGUGCCACACUUAGAUACAUUCAGGAUAACCAAUUCCCGGCGGUGACCGUUUUCCGGAACAACAAUCCGCACUACUUCAGAAGGGACGAGGCAACUGGCUGCUGGACUCCUGUGCGGUUCUAGGCCCCUCCCCGCCGGAUAUACAGUAACAUGUUUCCCAUAGUAGCUACAAAACUUUCCUAUUCGAUAAAUAUUUAACUUUGUUAGAAUCAUUUACACAUUACUGUUGAUCCCGCGAGGGGCAACGCAUGUUUUUUUUUAUUUCAUAGAUAAGAUGGCUUCUGUUUCCUCAACUGUUACUAUGAGGUUAUUUAUAAGUUGUACUAUCGCACGAUCGUUUUGGGACUCCCAGAUCGAUAUUGUAUCUACAACUCAUUUCUAGGAUUUUCUUCUAUACCACUAACUUAACAAUAAAUAUAGCAUCAACGAAAUCAAUUCCUAUGAACAAGCAACUUUCACAUAGACCUAAAAACGAGACGAAUUAUUGUACAGAAUUCAGUUUUGUUUCCGUUACAGAAAUGACGCAGAAAGUAGAAGAUAAAUUUGAAUUUGAGAAAA